AGACACACGCCGCCGCCGGUCCACAUAGUAGCGCAACCACUAAUACCUCGAAAGAAAGUUGUCAAUUAGUGGCCUGUUAACGUUCUUUCCCUGCUGAAAGCCUUAGUAGCUAAGAUGCAUCAGACACACAUAUUUAUUCGAUUUUGCCAUAGUUAGCUAUGCCUGAAGAAGCCUGAACAAAUCAAUUUACAGGACCUUUGCAGAAAAAGCAGCACCAUGGAUUUCUCUUUAUGCCUGCAAGAAGGCAGAAGUUGCAGUCAGUUAAAUCUGAGACUCCUCCCGACAUAGCCUGGCUUCCUACUGGCAAACAGCUGGUCCUGGCUGAGGUCCCGCGCCAUGUCCUGUCCUCUCCUUCCUCCCUGUGUCCUGGCUGGCUUGCUCCUCGCCUGUGUCUACACUGCUCUCUGCACACUGGACUGCACUCCUCGAAAACGUGUCCCAUAUGAAAGAAACCAUCUUAAAGUGUUCAGAGAAGAGGGCAUUUCAAAUUACUCUUCUAUGUUAAUGAGAGAAGACUUGGGUGUUCUGAUGCUGGGAGCUAGAGAGGCUAUCUUCGCACUUGACAUCAAUGACAUCUCUGUUGCCAAGGCUAAGGUAACCUGGAAAGUCACUCAGAUGAAACAGAAUGAAUGCACCUACAAAGGAAAGAAUCCCGAUACUGAAUGUCGGAACUACAUUCGUACGCUGCAUCAAAUCAACGAAAGUGUCAUGUAUGUCUGUGGCACAAACGCGUUCAGCCCUGCUUGCGAUUACAUUGCCUAUGUCGGUGGACAGCUCAAACUGAAAGGGAGGCAGGAGGAGGGAAAGGGAAAGUGUCCCUUUGAUCCUUUUCAGAGGUCCUCGUCCAUCAUGGCUGACGGGGACCUAUAUUCAGCCACCAUCCUGAACUUCCUUGGCUCCGAGCCAGCUAUCCUGCGCAACUCACUGACUGUCCUGCGCACUGAAUUCACGAGCUUCUGGCUCAAUGAGCCCAACUUCAUCCACAUGGAUGUGAUCCCAGAAAGUGAAAACAACCCUGAAGGGGAUGAUGAUAAGCUCUACAUAUUCUUCAGUGAAAACGCAGUAGAGUAUGACUUCUACAGCAGACUUGUAGUGUCGAGGGUCGCUCGAGUCUGCAAGGGUGACAGGGGAGGCCAGAGGACACUGCAGAGGAAGUGGACCUCUUUCCUAAAGGCCAGCCUGGACUGCCCAGUUUCCGGGGACAUCCUGCCAUACGUUCUACAGGAUGUCUUCCUCCUCCGUCACAGUGACUGGCGGAAAAGCAUCUUCUAUGCUGCCUUCACCUCCCAGUCGGGCUCCAAUGAAGUAUUUUCAGCAGUAUGUGCAUAUUCUGUGAUGGACAUCAAUAAGGUGUUCUCCCAUGGAAAAUAUAAAACACCAGUAACAGUAGAAGCCUCUCAUGUGAAAUGGGUCAUGUAUAAUGGAGAUCUGCCUGUUCCUCGACCAGGAUCAUGUAUCAACAAUGCUGCAAGGGCUUCUGGAAUAAGGAGCUCUCUGGACCUUCCUGAUAAAACCCUGCAGUUCGUCCGCGAUCAUCCACUCAUGGACGACAGCGUGAAGCCCCUAACAGGCCAGCCACUGCUGGUCAGGAAAGGUGUGCUGUUCACCCGCCUGGUGGUGGACCGUGCGACCGCACUGGACGGACAGCCUCACCUCGUCAUGUUCGUCGGCACAGACAAUGGGUUCAUGCAGAAAGCUGUGAACUACAAUGGGGAGAUGCACAUCAUUGAGGAGCUACAGCUGUUCAGAAGCCCUGAGCCAAUCAGCGUCCUGCGUGUCUCUUCUAGCACGGGCCAGGUGUAUGCGGGCUCUGCGUCUGGUGUGGUGCAGAUUCCUAUGGCUGACUGCCACCGCUACUCUUCGUGUUUGGACUGCGUCCUCGCCAGAGAUCCUUACUGUGCCUGGGACCUCGGCACCCACCGCUGCACCCCCUCGCCCAGAUUCACCAAAGAUGAUGAACUGGUUCAAAGUUUAAAAGAGGGGGAUCCUUCUCGCUGCCCAGACCCAGUCCCCAUUAGGGCAAAGAAAAAGACCCUGGCUCUGGGAAACAACAUUAGGCUCCCGUGUGUGCUGGACUCCAGCCUGGCUCAGGUGCAGUGGCGCCUGGCCACACAGCUGUUGAUCCCGACCAGCGGGAAGUACAGCAUUCAGGCCGAUGGUCUCCUCAUUUACAACGCCUCGGCUGCUGACACGGGCCUCUACACCUGUGAGUCAGUGGAGCGGCCAGCUGGCAGGCAGUACCGCAGGACGCUGGCCGCCUACCAGCUACACCUCCCCUCGGCCCUGGGUGACGAUGACGACGGAGACAACAGCACCUAUGAUUGGGGUGGCACAGGCACAGAGCACCCUCCCUCCGAGUUGCCAGACGUGGUGCCAGUGACAUCCCCCGCCUGGCACCGGAGCGGCCUGGUAGCCAUGGAGGUGUCCGUUACCAUGCUGUCUGUGCUGCUGGUGGCUUUGCUGCUGUGGAACUGGUACAAGGGCCACCUCCCGCUGCGGGGGAGGUGCCGGCAGCAUCCCCGCAAGCAGCCCAGGUCGGCGGGCCACGGCCACCCUGCUAUAUACCCGCUGCGCCAACACGCCACCCUCGACAGCACGGAAGAAGCCCAGGCCAGGCAGUUCCUCCAUGCACACAGUAACUAUGGCAACGGGUUAAACACGGGUGUUUUCAAGUAUAUCAUGGACGAGUCUGAGAUUUAAACGCUUACGGUACGGUUUAACAGACGUGUAUGGCCAGAAAUAGAAGAGACAGGCAUUGAGAAAUGAAGGCAGGGCAAGAACUGAGAGUCUUCACCUCGUUCAAAAAGUCUGUGCUGGAUUCAUCUCAAGAAAUGAAUGUUAAUAAAUAAUUUUCUUUUGUUCAGCUCUGCUGAGAAUUGUCCUUUAUAUAAAGUAUAAAGUAGGCCUGUCAUGGAUUUGGUGGUAAGUGGUAUUUUGGCUAUACCAUGCUUACAUCAUCAUUCAGGCAGUAUUUGCAGAGUGAGAGGUACUGGCUCUGAUGAUGGAGAUGUCUGGAAGUCAGGCCUAGUCAGAGAGAAGCCAAGUCAUUGUCUUCGGUUGGCCUGUGUGAAGAGUGAAGAUUACCCCAUAACACACAUACAAUGUGGUGAGGUAAAGGUUACUUGAUACUUUUGAUGCUAAAAAAAUCUAGCACAGUCUGUUUAAGUAUUGCAUUACCAUUCAGUAUGUAACUGUAAUACAAUUAGGAAAAUUCAGCUGUCUUUUUAUGGGGCAGUGGAAUUACCUGUUUAAAGUGCAAAAAAUAUUCACCUCUUUUUAAACCUUUUCAUGCUAACAUAAUUUAGUGUUUGUUCAGAAUUCUCUGAAUUCUUUGCAGUCUGACAGUUUUCACUAGACAGGAAUACGUGGUACCUAAUGAAGUUGGUAUGACAGAUGUAUGUUAUUUUUGUAUUUUAACACCAUUCUAUGAUGGCAUUACCAGAGCAUCUUUCAUUUGUAUACCAUUUGCAUUCCUAGUCUCCUGAAUGUGCCCUUAAAUCUGAUAUCGGAAAUUUGUUACCUAUGUGUUAUACCAGGUGCAUCUAAAAUCUUUGAUCAAAGUGGUAUGACGUUUACAUAUCCGUGAGUAAAUAUAACAACACUGUUAUAAUGGGCUGAGAAGAAACAACUAGAACAGUGUAAUUAAAAGUAUAUUGCAGCUGUGAAAUGCAAACUAUUAGGCUUUAUUCAAGGCCUUUGAAAAGCUCUGAGAGAAUGCACUAAGAACACACUGUGUAGAGUUGAAAGUAGAUCAUGUUUUCUAUAUACUGUAACUGCAAAACAUGACCACACAUUAUUAUUGUUUUUUGGAGUAGUUCAUUGCUCCUUUAGUUUUAUAUAAUAUGUUGUAUGGUGUCUGCAAGUCAUGCUAACCUGGCUCUACCCUGCUUAUGGCAUAAACAAUGCAGUGACUAAGGAUUUUUAGGAAGAACAGGGUUUUUUUCUGAACUCUUGUUUUAAAUAUAAAACAUCUCAAUCUUAUUAAGAAUCCAAAACAUAAAACCUUUUAAAUACCAACACUUGGGUUACUUCAAAGACUUGUGCCUCUGUAUUGACCUGGAAACCCCAUUGUUCAGAUUUAUGGAGGUUAAAAAAGCAAUGUAAUACAUACUAUGUACACAGUAUGUAACAAUAACAUACAGCUGCCUAAUUUGUUCUUAAGUAGUGCAUUCUAACAUUAAUAAUCCAUACAAUUUUUGCUAAUUCAGUUGUCUUAAUCCAAUCUUUCUAUUAAAAUCCACACGAUUAUACCCAAUCAAUGUUUAAAUAUACUGUGCCCCAUUGUGAAUGACCAGAGAGAUCAUUAAUAUGUCUGAAUCCUUCUUUAUUUGAAUCUGUUCUCAUCUCUCAUCCACAAUCUUUUGUAGCUUUAUUAAUAAAAUGGUGGUCUAAUCCUCAUCAGUAGACCACCCCGUGCUCCCUGGGUGGUGUGUUAUGUUUCAAAUUAGAUCUGCUUUAUCUAGCAAGGUGCAGUUCUCACUGGUAUUUAUCUCAUCCGAGACACUCACUUCUGCACUGGGGAUCAGGCAAAACAGAACAGGCAAUGCUUUUGUCUAUUUUACAGUUUUUACUCAGCUUUGCAGACUUGGUGAAGUAUGCUUUUAUGCUUUUUUUAAGUAGAUUUAGUAUAUAAAUCAAGAAUGUGACUUAUGUUUUAAUAUUUGUUUAAUAUUUGUUUCUUAUAUAUAAAUAACUGAUUCUAAACAUUGUCACACAGUGCCUCAGACUGGUAGUACAUAAAUUUACCCAUGAUUAAAAUUAAAUACUACUUAAGAUAAAGAAAAAUUGUAUUAAACUUGAAUUACAAGUUAAAUAUGGGGUUAAAUAUUAAUUCAAAUCUAUUUUUGAGAUGUAUAUCAUCAGUACAAUUGUAAUCAGAUUAAAUUAAUAUCAAUUACUCUGUCAAUAGACAUUUAAAGGAAUUUAAAGGAGUUAAUGUGCUCUUGGGUGCUAUUUUAGCAUAACGUUCCCUUUUGUCAGGGCUGUGUCACCCCACUAGUGGAAUAAUCUCUGGCCCUUCCUUACUCCACAGUCAAAGUCAAAUUAGUUUUCUUUGUAGUAGCCUGAUUUAUGUGUAAUGAUCAGAUUUCUGUGUAGAGGUCAGAUUUCUGUUUAGUCAUUUCUAUGUAGCUAAUUUCUAAUGUAACCACUGGGAGGCACAAGAUGUUCAUAAAAUCACAUGCCCAU